ACUCAUCGCAUUCUCUCUCUCUACAACUUCUUUUUUAUUAACCAAACUGGGCCCAAUAUGGCUGCCGGAGAUCGGCCGACAUCCUCCUCCGCCGCCGUGACUCCCGAGAUCCGUUACCGCGGCGUCAGGAAGAGGCCGUGGGGCCGUUACGCCGCGGAAAUCCGGGACCCCCGUAAGAAGACUCGCGUUUGGCUCGGCACCUUCAACACGGCGGAGGAGGCGGCGCGUGCUUACGACACCGCUGCGCGUGAAUUCCGAGGCGGUAACGCCAAAACCAACUUCCCCGUUCCCGCCGAGUUCGCCGUCCUCGUCGGCGAAAAUCACUACCGUAAAUCGGCCUGCAGUAGUCCCAGCCAGAGCAGCACCGUCGACUCCUCCUCCCCGUCGCCGGCGCCGCCGCCCGUGGAUCCGGCUCUCACUCACUUCAUCGACGGCGGCGCCAUUUCACGCCCAAUUUACUUCUUCGACGCGUUCGCCCAGGCGGAGAAGACGAGUGACUUUCACCGGACCGUCACCGUCGCCGUUGCCGGCGGAUCAGCGAGUGACUCUGAUUCGUCCUCUGUAGUAGUUGAUUUCAACCAUACUCGGAAACCGCGGCCGUUGGAUUUCGACCUGAAUCUUCCGGCAGUAGAAGUUGCGUAGGGAUCCGGUUUUUUUGUUAUAAUUGAUCAUCUAAUUUUCUAAUUCGCGUCCGUAAUCCAUUUUUAGGUUUGAAGGAAAUAUAUUCGGCCGGAAUGAGAUUGAAACUAAAGAAAUUAGGUUUUAAAUGUUUGUGUUGUAUAGAUCAUGACCAGGGAAUUCCUCCUUCCACUUUGAAUGAAGAGAUUUCGUUUUUCUUUUC